UGGCAGCUGACAAAAACCUUGGCGCCGGAGCUCUCUCCUCUUCCUUCUUUUCCGUCGACGGAUUUGCUCGUUCCGGUAACCGGCGAGCAGGACAACAGCCGCAGCCGGACUUAGUCCCGGACGUUGAUUAUGUGGAGAAGAGCAGCAACGGCCGCAGCAGCAGCAUCCGGCGCUCUCAGCCGCCGCUCGUGGCGGUUGGCACAGUGCCGUGCUUUCUCCUCCGCUGCUGCUGGCAAGGCCGCCUCUGUGUCUUCCGCCGUCAACUCCAUGUUGCUCCGCUCCCUCAAAGAACACUACCUCGAGGUCUCCAAAAUGACUCCUCCCCCCAAAGUGAACCCUCCUUCUCCUUUCACAGUAGUGAAGGGAUCGAUCGAUAACGAUGGUCCGGUCCUCACUCGAACUUACAAUGACGAGGAGAUUAGCAUUUACGUGACCCGAUUAGCUACAAUCCUUCCUGGCGGAGUCGUUGGGGAGGAUGACGGUAAUGACGAUGACAUUAACCAGUUGUUCCUGCACGUGAGCGUGUUGAAGCCCCAGCAUAAUGAUUCCCUGCAUUUCCUCUGCGGGCUGUAUCCCGAUGCGCUGGGAAUUCACUCCGUCUCGAUGAGGCCCAAGGCUGAGGCUUCUGGGUUCGUUGUUGGACCCUCGAAAUACAAUGGCCCUGUUUUUGAGGAGCUCGAUCAGAAGGUGAGGGAUGCACUUCACGGCUACAUCGAGGAGCGGGGAAUUAAUGAGAACCUUUUCCCAUUCCUUCAGGCAUGGCUCUACGUGAAGGACCACAGGAACCUCAUUCGCUAUUUCAAAUCAGUCGGCUCCUUCAUUAGUGAAGAAAAGCCCCGAAAGGAGUCAUCCCAGUCUUAAAUCAGUUCCAAGGUAGAUCUCGUGCAAAAUGGAUAGGCUUUCCCUCAAUUUAGAUAUGAGCCAAGUUUCAGAGACAUUCGAGCUGCUUAUGCAGGGGGCGGUUUUAGAGUAGACGAUCAUUUUUGGAUAUGAGUUCUGCCCGUUCAUGUGAUGGACUUGUUUAAGCCUCGAUGAUGUAAAGAAGUCCAAUGCAAUGUCGAGUUUGUUUGUUUGGGGGCGGAACUGUUUCACCCAUGAAUGAUGUGAAAUUAAUGGUUGUGAAAUUAUUUGGUGAAUA